AAUUUUUCUCGCUCUCCGCCAUUGUUGUUUUGUCGACAAAUUCUACUUUGGUGUUACUCAGUGUUUCGUAGAAUUUGAUGAAUUAUUUGUGAUUCAAUUAGCUUUACGAUUAUCUAAUAAAUAUUACUACCACUUAUGAAUAUUGCCAAAAAAUAUUGUACUACACAGCAAUUUCAAGGCUAUUAGAACAUAAUCAAUAGGAACAUUCCAGCUAUCAACAAAGGGUGUUCACUGUGUAUUUAAAUUUUACUUGAUUGCAGUAAUUUGGUUAGAAAGGCAGCAGGAUGACUUCGGGACCCUACAACUACUCCUAUAUAUUUAAAUACAUCAUAAUUGGAGAUAUGGGAGUUGGCAAGUCUUGCCUCUUACAUCAGUUUACAGAGAAAAAAUUUAUGGCUGACUGCCCCCAUACCAUUGGAGUUGAAUUUGGCACAAGGAUCAUUGAAGUUGCUGGUCAGAAAAUUAAGCUUCAAAUUUGGGAUACUGCUGGACAAGAACGGUUUAGAGCUGUGACUAGGUCUUACUACAGGGGUGCUGCGGGGGCACUCAUGGUCUAUGACAUCACUAGGAGAUCUACUUACAACCACUUGAGCAGUUGGCUGACUGACACACGAAAUUUAACCAACCCCAGUACUGUGAUAUUUUUAAUUGGAAACAAGUCAGAUUUGGAUGGCCAGAGAGAUGUGACAUAUGAGGAAGCUAAACAGUUUGCUGAUGAAAAUGGGCUUAUGUUUGUAGAAGCUAGUGCUAAAACAGGACAAAAUGUAGAGGAGGCUUUUCUGGAGACAGCCAAGAAAAUUUACCAAAGUAUUCAAGACGGGCGGCUGGAUCUGAACGCGGCGGAGUCGGGCGUGCAGCACAAGCCCGCGGCGCCGGGCCGCCCGCUGGCCGCGCCGCCGCAGGCCAAGGACAACUGCGCCUGCUAACUGAACCCCCACACUUCAUUACAUACUAAUAUAUUGUACCGUGUAAGAUCAUUAGACUAAUUAAUAACAUAGUAUUCUUAUUUGUUAUAUUGGCGCUGUUAAGUCCCUUCUGAUGCUUUUCCGCGUGUGUUAGUUGUCAGUUAACACUGUCUCUACUGAGGGUCUUGUGACCAAGUGUUGGGUUUUAAUGUAUUUUUUAUAAUAUCAGAUAGGUUGAGUCUGAUGUGGACUUAACCGUGUCAUAUGCGAUUGAAUUAUCAGUGUUUUGUGUUGUCACAUAAUGUCUGUACUCUGUACAUUCCACAUCCACUCGCCGGAACUGGGUCUAGCCCAAGUAAUAGGUAUGUCCUGAGCAUGUUUUAGCUCAGUAUUAAAGCAAUUUAUUAUUGGCGAUGGUUUAUAAAAUUAUAGAGUAUAUAUUCAAAUAAGCUGUAUAUCAAAAAGGCUUGGGUAAAUUGUGUUAGGCUGGCAUGACAAAAUAUAUAAUGUAUCAAUGACUUUUAUACACAUCAUAUCAUGGAUAAUAAGUGGUUAAAACAUAGUUCUGGUCCGGAACUAAUGAAAUGGCAUCUAUAAUAAACCCAAAAGAAGUCUGUCUAGGAUAAACUGGUCAAAAAUAUAGAUUAUAAUAAUAUUUUUAUGUGUGACCAGUUUAUAUCUUUUGCAGGCUUAUCCUGGGUUUAGUAUAUUAUAUUUGGAAGUGUAAUUAUAAAAGUGCAAAUUUAAUCAUUGUACUACAAAGACUAAAAUUACAUGCAAACUGUUACCUACAUAAUGAUAAUGCAUUUGGGUAGAGCAUCUAGAGUUACAAGGUACCUUGAGUUAGAAAGCUUACCCACACUAAUGAUUUUUGCGAUACACAGUAAAGUCGUCUUGUCUAUCGAGGAUUGUCACUGUAAAAAUAAACCCACUAGAAGUAUACCUAUAAAAUCCAAAAAAAAGUUUUACCUAUAAUAUAGUUAAUGUAGAGGUGUUAUGUUAUAAAUAUUAAUAUUAAUGUACGUAUAUUUAUUUUGUUAAGUCAUCAUAUUAUUAUUGUUUUAUUGUACUGCAUCGAAAAUAUGUGCCGGUGUUUAUACUGUAAAAUAUUAAAUUUUGUAAAAAGAUUUUAUGUUUCACAACCUAAAAGUAGGUACUCACGAACUAGAAGUAUUAUAAUUAUUCUUAUCCAGCUAUACUAACAAAAUUAUAAAACAUGUAAGUACCUAUUUAUUAUUCAUAUGACUUCGUGUGUGGUGUGCCAGACACGCCCGCACCGGCACAUCAUUUACGCAGUAGUACUUUUGUAUGUUAUAUUGUAAAUUAUAUUAAGCAAAAUUUAAUAAUAUUGGAAACAAUAAAAAAACAUUUGUGCA